UUUUCCUCUCCCCGGGGGAAAAAGGGGCUGUUCUGCUCCGGGCACCUCUGUCAGCUGAAGGGGGCGGGAGCUGCAGCCUUGAAGUAGAAAAGGAAGAAGGAAAAGCAGCGGGGCGAGGAUGAGCGGCGCCGGACAGCGGUGGGCGGUGGGCUGAGCCUCCGGCACCGCGGGCUGCGGGAGGAGGAGGAGGAGGCAGCGGAGGAUGCGGCGGGGCAGGGAUGCCUGGGCUGAGCACCCAUCUGCCUAGGGAGAGCAGCAUCGUCCUCCGAGGGCGAGGGAGAGAGUGGGGGCAAAGCGGCGGAGCUCUCUGAGCUCUGCAAGGACUGCCCGCCUGACACCCCAGCAAAGUUUCCUGAGCUCGGUGACGACAGGGGAGCAGGGAUGUGAGAUCCCCCUGCCCGCAGCGCACAGCUGGGCUUCCAGCCCCCGUUCUGCUGGGACGAUCCAUGGCUUUGCCAUUCCCGAGUGAAGGGCGAGGGUGAGACCCCGGGCAGCCGCUCCCUCCAUCGCCUUCCCCGGCUCCGCGCUCCAUCCCAGGAUUUCAAGGCAACAGGAGACUGGAAACAGUCUUCACAACACAGCAUUCACCCUGUGAGGACUGAGGUGACCUCCAAGACUCUUCCCAGCAUGUUCAGUGAAAAGAGCAGCGCCUCUUUGCCCCAAAAACCCAGCCAGAAGAAGACCCGACCCCAGGGCCUCCCCUCCCCUGCUCUCUGCUGUGCCUGUGGACUCUGCAUCAUGCUAGCAGGGAUCAACAUCACCUUAGUGGGAGCUUUUGCCUUUGGGACCUUCCUCCCUGUGAACAACCCACCCAUCAUCAUCGGGCCCAUCCUGCUGGUGGUGGCCUUCACGUUCUUCGGUGCCUGCUGCAUCUGCAGCCGGAGGCCCCCGGCCCACGGGGCUAGGAAAUCCAAACCAGGCUCCAACAUUGGCCUCAUCAAACCUGGCAACACAGCCUUUGAAAUCGAAACCAGCGAGCACACGGUGCAGGACACCACUGCUGUCCAGCUGAGCCCCACCAACUCCCCCAUCUCCUCCAAAAAGUCCACCCCGGUGCACGAGAACGCCAAGGCUUGCAAACUCUUCACCAUGGAGGGCAACGGGCCAGUGGCCAAAUACUCCACAGGGGGAGAGGCCAUACAGCUCAACCUGCCCAGGGACCUGGCCACAUCCUAAACCCGGGCAAAGCUUUUGUCAGCAGCCAGCCAAACGCUGCCAUGGGCGGGCUGGAAUUGUGCCAUCAGUCAGGGGCGUGGGGAAGGUGCUAGUGGAAAGCCAGCAGUCAGUCAGGUCUCUCUGAACCACUUUAAGGGAGAUGGAUGCAACAGCAGAAAGAAAAAUAAUCCAGAUUUUUUUGCUGAAACAUGCCCAUUAUACAGUUUUUAAAAGAAAACUGAUAACGAUGCUGCUGCGAAAAGAUGAUCGCAGUUCCUGGAAAUAUGCUGCCGUUUUUGGGGAGCAGAUAGAAGAGGGGAAUGAAUUAAUUUGUCUGAUAUAAUGUGACAGUUGGAAGGAGAGGCUACAUGGGACUGACAAAUGACAGCUCUUUCUUCUCAGAAGUGAAGCAAUUCUUGGACAUAAAAGAAGCAGGAACGCAGUAAAUUACAGCUUGCUGCCACUCAGUCACAAGAAGAUUUCAGCAUUUUUAGUGCCAGACUUUUCGGCAGUAGGGACAAAGCUAUGUCUUUGCUACUGAAAAAGCAGUGUGAAACCAUCUCUCCUCUGUUGAAAAUUCUUGCCCCAUCCUGCCCUCAUUUGGGUGAUUUUACUGCCCAUUCUAAGAGAAGGAACCACAAGGAUCACAAUCAGCGCUGGUAUUUUCCUCUCACGUUAAUGAGCUUGAGCUGCAGCUGUGCUACUCCUCUCAGUGUAUUUCUUGGAAGAUCAGUCAGGCUGGAUCCUUGGGGAUGAGCUCCUGGGGUAACCAGAGACUAACAGGAGCCUGCAAAUUAAAUUUUUGGGCCGUGAUUAUGUAUUGAGUACUAGGCAACAUUCUUCCCAUAUUUUUGUGGAAGGCUGGCCUGGGACACGCCUCAGGGCAGGGGGUAGAUAACUGUAUGGGCUUCAGAAUAGCUCUGCUGGAAGAUGGUGACUGUGAGAUCCAUUGCCCAGGAGUGAAUCUUUGCUGCAGGAAAUUGAGUGCUCAGGGUGCUCACAAAGCAGUGGGAUGAGUUUGCAGAAGAGAAUUUAUCAAGAGCUGUUCCAAGCAAAGACGCUCCCUGUGCCUCAGAAAGACCCUAAUCUGAUGGAAUAAUGCUGCAAAGGAUUUGUGUUUUUCCCUGGGGGGACUCUGGCUGGGAGCACAGUGCUGUGCUGAUGGGCUUUGCUCUGACUCCUGUUCAGUGUGGGGAAGGACAGCACUGCCAGGCAGGACUUGUAUGUGGGGAGGAAGCAGCAAGAGAGUGGAUCUUGAGUGGGAAUGGCUGCACAGGUCCUCUGUUUAUGGUAACUCAAUAUUUGAAAUGUGUUUUUUGGGACUUUGAAUGACAAGGAAAUCAUCUGGACCACACCAUAUCACUGCAGUGGCCCAGCUAGCCCAGGAUCCAGUUUCUGACAAGGCUGAGAGCAAGGUCCUGAGAGGAACAUAAAGACAGGGGAAACCAGGAUGCUGCUUGCCAGAAGUGCUUUCCCAGCUUCCAAUGUGCUAUUGCUUAGGAGCUUCCUGAGCUGGAAGUGGUGCCUGUAUGUAGCAGCCCUGAGUGGAUUUCUCCCCCAUUUGCGCCUUGACUGUCUGUCAGUUCCCAUCAUUUGUGAUCCUGCAGCAGAGAGCUGCACACUUUGGCUUCUUUUCAUCCUGCAUCCUCCUACCUCUCCCUUUCAUGGCUCAAAUUUCCCAGGUUAGAAGGGUCAGCAAACAGCCCAUGGCCUCACCACCCCUUGGGUUUUCUGAGAUGUGUUUUCCAUGCCAUAUUCCCUCCAUCUCUCUCUCUCACAGAACUUUACAUCUCCUGUAGCCAGAGGGGCUCUUCCCAUUCAGCCCAGCAGCAGCCGCUUGCUUGGCUGAGGACAACACACCCCUGAGGCUUUAACCACCAGAAAUCCAUGCAGAGAGAGGUGGGAGGGCUGAAGGGGAAAUGUUGGAGGACAGGGAGGGGUUGUGGCAUGGCCAAGGCUCCCCUUGGCCACCAGGUACCUCUGUGAAGAGAAAAGCCCUGGUGCUGUACAGGCCAUGCAGGAGGUGUCCUGGCUGCUCUGGGGAGCCCCUGGGCAGCUGAUGUCCCUGCAUGAGCCCAGGUAGGAUGAGGUUGAAGUAAUUCCUUGACAAAAGGUUAACCCAAGAGUCGUAAUGUGAGUCCUUGAGCCCUCCAGCAGUUUGCUGCCUCCAACAGCUCCUUCUCCACAUCUUGAUUUUAGCAGGGUGUGUCUGUGAUGAUGAGGAGGAGAAGAGGCAGGUUUGGGACAAGGGUGUUUGUGUAGGGCUGCGUAGAUGCGGCUUCAAUCUUUGGUACAGCCUCCAGGUCCUGGGCAAGCAUUGAUGUGUGCUGUGAGUGGCAAACACCUGCUCCAGCUCCAUGGAAAGCUGCUUUAGGGAUGAGCAUUGCCAAGGUUGGCAUUGGCACACCUGAUUCUGGAGAUUGCUCUGAGCUGGGUGGGUGUGCACAGCCUGACCCCUGUGUGAUCUGCCCGAGUGCUCAUUUCUUGGAGAGCUCUGGCCCCAGCACUGCCCCAGGAAUGCAGGAACUGCUGUGCUGACAAAAAGGCUCCCUCAAUUUUUGCCUGCCCAUGAGUGCUGUAGCAAUUAGGCAGAACAGCUUGCUGAUGUAGGUUUGAUUCCCAGCUUGCUGGCCUCACUAGCAUACAACAGCUUGGAAAUCUUUUAGAGACAUUUCCCGUGUGAAUAUGGUUACUGCAAGACUUUGAGCACUCAGAGCCAAAAAAUUAGUGAAAUCAAGUGCUAAGCACACAAUUCCUUUCUUUGAUCGCUGCAGUCUUGAAAAGCAGGACUGGAGAGCAUCACUCCUCAUCACAGCUGCCCUGUGAAACACUACCUGAGGUGGAUAAUGCAACGUCUGACCAAGAGAGGACAACCAGCAGAGAUGGUGUCUGGGCAGGCAGAGGGGUAGGAGCAGUGAGAUGCUGAUGUGAGGUGGGUGUGCCCACCAGAGAUGCCCUGGUGUGGUGGGUGUGCCCCAAGCUGUGAUCCACACCUGCCUGCCCAGCAUGGUGUCCAUGAGAACAUCCUCUGCCUCCCUGCUCUUGCCUUCUUCUGUCUUUUCUAAUUCCCAUGUCUGUGUGUCUGCUCAUCCCCAUGGUCAGCUGUGCCUGAUGUUGCUGUGAAUUUUGUGCCUCCUUGUGUAGUGGGAGAUAAGGAGAGUUCCUAUUCUCCAAGUCAGCAUUUCUGGUGUGAGUCUUUUUAUAAAAAAUUGCUGUUUCCGUGUGUGCAAUGUGGAAUUUGGAAAAGAGAGACACAUUAAAAUAAUUGCACUCAGAAA